AUGCUCUAGAAACUCUUGUUUCCAUUCUAUCUCAUCACGCGCUUUUCACAAUGUAUCCAUGCCCUAGAAAUAUUUAUAAGAGGAGAUUGGACUAAUCACACUUUAAUGUAUUUUUAAUUGAGCUAUAGAAGUCUUGAGUCUUGAUGGGAAGUGAGCCUUUUCUUCUUCAUAACGGAGAACCAGCCAUGGCCACAUAUGACUGGAAAACUCAAUUGUCAUUUAUUACGCGUCAGAAGAUCGUCAACAAGAUACUGGACACACUAAAGAAAGUCAUUCCAUUAUCUGGACAAGAAGGAAUCAACGAGCUUUGGGGAAUUGCUGUUAGAUUCGAGGAGAAAAUUUUCAGGGGUGCUGCUAACCGGACUGAUUACCUUCGGAAAAUAUCCCUCAAGAUGUUGACCCUGGAGGGUAGACCGUAUAAUGCACCUGGCUCUUCCUCAUCCAUCCCUGCUGAUAAUAACACCCGGCCCUUGGAAGUGGAUAUGGGCCAUCUUAUGAUCAAUGACAAUUCGGAGACUUCUCUCCUGAACGAAGAACCUUCCAUGAACACAUGUGAAGGGGGCCACUAAAAGCCAUUUGCGUUUGGAACUUUCAGGCGAUUCCAUAUAUGUAUUAAUAAUAUUAAGCGGAGAAACCUUCAAAAUUGAAUAAAAAGGGUUAUUGCGUUUGUAUAAUGACAUGGACCAACUUGUUGUGUAAUCAGUAACAAGAUAAAAUGUUUCUUGACGAGGAAGCAAUGCCUUAAGUAAGGCUCCUCUUUGCGUUUGGAUUUAUGCAUUAGUACGUUGUUUAUCUUAUUCUUGAGCCAAUUUAAUGACAAAAGUCCGUAGAAACAGAAUG